AUGUCGGCUGAUUUGCAGACAGGAAAGACGCCCCAAGGUGGCGCCAAGGCCGGACACAAGUCGUCCUUGUCGAGCGUGAUCCCGCACUCGGCGCCGAUUGGGCUGCAGGCCGUGCAGAUGACCCCCGCGCAAUACCGUACCCGCAAGGUCGCGCUCAUCACUGGUCAGUCAAUUGCCUUCAUCUUGGUCAUGUUCGUGACGCGUCGUGGGUUGUGGGGCCCUCGAGAGUGUCGCGGGAAGGCUGGGCGAGCUGCUCCGACGCCACGCGACACGCCCCGCGACACGCCCCGCGACACGCGCCUCAGCCUGCCUCAGCUCAGUCCAGUCUGGAGUCUGGCCGCCAAGCGCUGGCUGGCGCAAGACGACAGACGAACAGCGUACUCAACAAUCCCACUUUCAUCUCUUUGCAGGUAUCACCGGCCAGGACGGUUCCUACUUGACCGAGCUCUUGCUCGAGAAGGGCUACGAAGUCCACGGUCUGCAAGUCGCCUUCCCACUCCACGUCUCCGUCUCCGCGCGUGUCCCUUUCGACUCGGGCGGCCUCGUCGACGUGUUCAGCCCCUGGGUGCCCCCUCCCGCCAGAGACGAGACACGCCCGCGCUCCGUCGGCGCUCUAGGUCGACACUUCUCUGCCGCAGUAUAGAAGCUGACCCAAGUAUGCCCUCUAUCCAAUCAGCAUCCGUCGUUCGUCGUCGUUCAACACGGGCCGAAUUGAGCAUUUGUACAAGGACGUCCACGAGCGUGAGUCCUGCCUUCUAACUCAAUCCAGACGCGUUUCAGUCCACUGCCACGGUGUCAUGCCAUGUUGAAUCCGUGUAUUCGUGUUGUGAUCUCAUACUGAUCUACGUAUUCCUCCAUCGACACGCUUUGCAGGCCCCAAGAUGGUCCUCCACUACGGAGGUGAGCCCUUUGCCUUCUCCGCGCUUUCUUCACGCGAUGGCCUUUCUCCGCUCGGACCCGCCAGCUGACCCAGCAGAGUUCAACGUAAACAGAUUUGACCGACACGACCAACUUGGUCUACAUCAUGUCCUCGGUCCAACCCACCGAAAUCUACAACUUGGCCGCCCAAUCCCACGUCAAGGUCUCGUUCGACAUGGCCGAGUACACCGUGAGUCCUAUGACACGCGGCGAGAUGACACCUCUCAAGGCACAAGGCACAAGACUGACCCGUCCACACGUUGCGUUCGAAAGGGUGACGUCGACGGCCUUGGAACACUGCGUCUGCUCGACGCGAUCCGAACCUGCGGCUUGACCAAGCACGUCCGCUUUUACCAAGCCUCGACCUCCGAGUUGUACGGCAAGGUCGUCGAAACCCCUCAAUCCGAGACGACACCCUUCUACCCUCGUUCGCCUUACGGAGUCGCCAAGUUGUACGCCUUCUGGAUCGUCAAGAACUACCGCGAGUCGUACGACAUGUACGCCUGCAACGGCAUCUUGUUCAACCACGAGUCCCCGCGUCGUGGUCGCACCUUUGUCACGAGGAAGAUUUCCCGAGCUGUCGCCGAGAUCUCGCUCGGUCAACAGGACUGCCUUUACCUCGGCAACAUGGAGGCCAAGCGUGAUUGGGGACACGCGCGCGACUACGUCGAGGGUAUGUGGAUGAUGCUGCAGCAAGACACCCCCGACGACUUUGUCCUCGCGACGGGUGAGACCCACCCCGUCAAGGAGUUCGUCGAGAAGGCCUUCUCCCACGUCGGCAUCACCAUCAAAUGGGAAGGCGAGAUCGAGUCCGUCGACGAGGUUGGCGUCUGCGCCCAAACCGGCCGUACGCUCGUGCGCGUUGACCCGCGUUACUUCCGACCCGCCGAGGUCGAGUUGCUGCAUGGUACCCCUGCCAAGGCCGAGCGCGUGCUUGGCUGGAAGCGCAAGGUCGAUUUCGACUCGUUGGUCAAGGAGAUGGUCCUCGCCGAUGUCGAGGGUGCCAAGAGGGCCGAUCGCGAUUAA